CAUAAAGCUCCUCUAUGGUCAAACGUGCUCAAAAUACACACACACACAACUCUUCCUCAACGACUUCGCGCACGCAACGAAAAUUUUGUAUUCGCGCCUUGUGAUAAAUGGGGAGCGUUAAGGUUGCUUGAUGGUGACGAAUAUAAGGAAUACCUUACGUGGAACGAAACGGGAGAUGUGUUUGUGAUUUGCAAUAUGGAUGAAUUUGCACAGAAUGUUUUGCCAAAAUUUUUCAAACAUUGCAAAUUCACAUCAUUCGUCCGACAACUUAAUAUCUAUGGAUUUUAUCGAGUAUCAGAUGCACGCAAAUCAAAACAUGUCCGUAGUAAACACGCUUGUGUAUUUUCUCAUUCACAAUUCAGACGUGGUCGACAAGAUUUAUUACCAAAUAUACGUCGCAAAGUAUCGAAAACCAUAAGAAGGAAACCACGUCUAUCUGAAUCUUCAAUGUCACAGAAUCAAGGAGAAUCUGGGCCUACAUCUUCGUCAUCCGUUUAUGGAUCCCCUGUCAAUAGUAAAUCUGGAAGUAUAAAAGAUUCACCAUCCCAUUCAACCUUGAAUCCUUUUGCGGAUUCUAAGGAUUUUGUGGAUAGAUCUGAUAACGAUCUUGCAAUGCGUAAAAGAAUUGCUGAAUUGACGAUGACUACCGAAAAUUUGCGAAAGGAUUUAAAGCAUAUGAAUAGCAUCGUCAACGAUCGUUUAAUUCCGGAAGUUCGUAAUUUGACAGAGGAUUUACAAAAGCAUCAUGCUCAUGUUAUACAAUUGACCCAGUUGGUUUACCAUACUUCACCGGAAAUUAGUCGUGGGUAUACUAGACCAUUAUCAUCAUCACAACAUGAUAUACCGUCGUCAAAACGUAUACGUUAUGAUGAUAAACAGACGUCUGUUAAGAGUGAACAGUCUAGCUUGACAUCACCGUCUGUUCAGAAUGCACCAACAGUGCCUUCAUCGAUUCCUUCUAAUUAUGGUGUCUAUACAACUCACCAAAGCCAUCCUGGAAAUAACUUAAUAAGUGGCAAUGACUCUUCAAUCACUGGUUCGUCAAUACAACCGACACCCUCAGUGUCUCAAUCCUUAACUAUAUCACCAGAUUCACAUCCUGCAUAUAGUAUGUCAGGAUCUUCUAUUAUUGGAGAUUUUCAACAUUCCUCCCAUAACGCUCACCCCGGUCUUACAGGUUAUAACGAACCCUGGAAUACAACGCCUGUCUUGAUACAGGAUCCCGUCAAUACUGUUCCAAGCUCGAAUAUGUCUUCUUUUUUAUUUCCUGCGACGACAACAUCACAUUCUCCAUUAGUGUUUAAUAAUAAUUCUUCACCCCAUCAACAACAAUCUCCUCCGCACUCUCAACAUUCGCAACAACAUUCGCCUGCAUCUUCGAUAGGUUCAUUGAGUCCUACCGAGUAUGUUAGUAACGCUGGUGCUGUAAACACAGGUGAUAUUAUUUCGAAUGUUGUUGCUGCCACCGCAAAUUCAAAUGAUAGUCAUAAUAGUGGUGAAAAUAGUCCUCAUCAACAUGGAGAUGUCAUAGUUGCCGUCUCACCAUCGUCAACUACAUCGUCAUCCCCGAUCUCUACGUCCGCAACGAUGCCAAAUUAUUACCAAUCCAAUUCGAUCUUACCAUUGGAAAUUUAUAAUCCCUCUUAUGAGAAUUAUAAUUAA